CCGAAUGUGAAACAGGCUCUCUCAUUGGCCUAAAUCCCCCCCCUCGAUCUGCGUCGCCAUCCCGGCCUUGCUGGACCCCGGGGUCAGUAGGAAGCCGCGGGGUGGUGGCGAGAGAGGAACCAGGUGUCCUGGCAGUGGGCGCCGCGGGGCACAGGCUGGGCCAAGGUGCAGGCGGCCAGGGUGGGAGACUGUUCGCCCCGCCCUGACUCCUCCUCUCUUGCUUCUCCACCUGUUCGGGAGUUGGAGAUGUGCACCUAAAGGAGGCGCAUCUGGGGACGGACACAUCUAGCACUGAGGCCCUCGCCACCUGCCUCGCCACCUGCCUCGCCACCUGGCGACCCUGACCCCACAACACUGCCUUGAGAGUCGCUCAAAAGUAGGGCCCCAGGGCUCGCAGCAGCAUGGGCACCGAGAAAGAAAGCCCAGAGCCCGACUGCCAGAAACAGUUCCAGGCUGCAGUGAGCGUCAUCCAGAACCUGCCCAAGAACGGCUCUUACCGCCCCUCCUAUGAAGAGAUGCUGCGAUUCUACAGUUACUACAAGCAGGCCACCAUGGGGCCCUGCCUGGUCCCCCGGCCCGGGUUCUGGGACCCCAUUGGACGAUAUAAGUGGGACGCCUGGAACAGUCUGGGCAAGAUGAGCAGGGAGGAGGCCAUGUCUGCCUACAUCACUGAAAUGAAACUGGUGGCACAGAAGGUGAUCGACACAGUGCCCCUGGGUGAGGUGGCAGAGGACAUGUUUGGUUACUUCGAGCCCCUGUACCAGGUGAUCCCUGACAUGCCGAGGCCCCCAGAGACCUUCCUGAGAAGGGUCACAGGUUGGAAAGAGCAGGUUGUGAAUGGAGAUGUUGGGGCUGUUUCAGAGCCUCCCUGCCUCCCCAAGGAACCGGCAUCCCCAAGCCCAGCUUCCCUCUGGGCAGUAACUCUACCAACCCCUCCACAGAGUCCCAUUCACCCAGGGACCUGGACUCCGAGGUUUUCUGUGAUUCCCUGGAGCAGCUGGAGCCUGAGCUGGUUUGGACAGAGCAGCGGGCAGCAUCUGGAGGAAAGCGUGAUCCCAGGAACAGCCCCGUGCCCCCCACAGAGAAAGAGGGGUUGCGGGGCAGCCCGCCGGGGCCCCAGGAGUUGGACGUGUGGCUGCUGGGGACAGUUCGAGCACUACAGGAGAGCAUGCAGGAGGUGCAGGCGAGGGUGCAGAGCCUGGAGAGCAUGCCCCGGCCCCCUGAGCAGUCUCACUCUGUCGGUCAGACUGGAGUGCAGUGGCGUGAACUCGGCUCACUGCAACCUCCGCCUCCCCGGGUUCAAGCAAUUCUCUGCCUCAGCCUCCCGAGUAGCUGGGAUUACAGGCGCCCACCACCAUGCCCGGCUAAUUUUUUUUGUAUUUUUAGUAGAGACGGGGUUUCACCAUCUUGGCCACGCUGGUCUUGAACUCCUGACCUCGUGACCACCUGCCUCGGUCUCCCAAAGUGCUGGGAUGACAGGCGUGAGCCACCCCACCCGGUCUGCCACAGUCAUUCUUUUUGAUGCUCAGACAGUCACAACUUUGGCCAUUCAAGACCCUUUCAUACCGGAUCUUAUGUUCUUAUAACACGACCUGAUGAAUCUUUAAAAGCGACCUUGCUUUCCUGGUACAAGGCGCCCCACAUUCACUCCCACCUUCCCUGCCCCAGGCCUGGAAUCAGCCACUUCUCCAAGGAGCCUUGGCUCCUUUUUAGUGGAGAAUGAUACUUGGAAACUAAAAUCUAGGUACCCAGGGUCCUCAUUUGACAUAUGUGGCACAUCCUUAACAACACAGGUCUUCAGGUCAUACCAAGGGUCAUUGCUUUGUGGCCCAGAGAAGAUGGCAUGGAAGCUGCUCCCUCUACCCGCAGCCCCUCCAGCCUCUCUUGAUACUGGGAUUGCCCUGGGGAGGAAGAUGUGGGAGGGAGUUGGCAUUCAACCUGUCAGGACCACCUGGGGGCCACUUCCCUUCUAGUGGUGCAGACUUAGGGGCAGGGUCUUUCCAAUCUUUCACUGAAUUGGAAGCAGUUUCCUAGGGAGGCUGUGCUGAGGCCUGGACUGGCCUCUGACUCCCUCCCUCUUGGCUGCAGAGGCCGCAGCCCAGGCCCAGUGCUCGGCCAUGGCCCCUUGGGCUCCCGGGGCCCGCGCUGCUCUUCUUCCUCCUGUGGCCCUUCGUCGUCCAGUGGCUCUUCCGAAUGUUUCGGACCCAAAAGAGGUGACUGUCAGUGGAGGGGUCUCUGCAGCCAACUGAGACUAUCUUGCUGUGCCCUGAGCCUUCCUAGGGUUUAGAAGAACAGCAUUCAAAAUUCCCCCUCCUGUCAGUGUUUGCCUUCGCACCUCCUCCCCUAAAGCAGCGCGGGGGGCAAAUAAGACCCCACCCCUCCCUGCAGCUUCACAGGGACGCUUCGUUCCCUCCCCGCAACCACCCCAGGCUCCCCUGGGAGGUUGCUGUUGUGGUACACGUCCCCGGUGCUGGGUUGGCCGUGACUCGGGGGCGGGGCUAUCGGGUCUCAGCCCCUGCCCUCCCCAGUCUCUGGGUCACCUGACUCUUCCCACCCCUGCUUCUCCCCAAGGAGGUUCAGCUCUUGAGCAAGUUGGGACUUGGGCCGGGGCCUGGAAGAAUGAUUGGCUGGGAGGCCGAGGGAGGGAGGCCAGGAGGCCCGGACCAGUUGGGAGGAGUGAGCAGGCUCCGGGGGAGGGGGAUGAGCGCAGUUUUCUCGCUUUCCUCCCCUGCCGGCCCCCUCCGCCCCCACACACACUCGGGACGUCUUCAUUGAAGAUUCACUUACAAACGAAUGUUUCACUAAAUAAAAGAAAACCAUAAUC